UGUCUUUAAUGUUAACUUUAUUCGGUUAUGUGCAGCCUUGUAUAACUCCUGUUGCAUAUGACAGUAUUUUCCAGUGACUUGGCUGCUGUUAUUACUCUGUAACUCUGAACAGCAGUGGUGGAAGAAAUACUCAGAUGUUCUGCUUAAGGAAAAGUACUUAGGUGAGGCAUUCUGACCAUGUCCUCCAAACAGAACGACGUGGGCAAACCUAACAUCUCCCCAGUUCUCUUCAUGUCUGUGGAUGGUGAAGCCAUGUCUUUCUUCCUGCGACCGGGUCCUGUGAAACGCAAGCUCCAGCCGCUCAUCAAAUCUGGAGGCGGGAUGUUGUGCAGUGUCCAGCAGCCAGGAGCAAUCCUGCUGAUAGACCCAGAGGAAAGAGGCUCUAUUCCUGAAACUACUGCUCACUGGUACGUGUCCACCCAGUACAUUUAUGACUGUAUCGAGAAGGAUGAACAGCUAAAUGUAGAGGACUACAGGUUAAAUCCUGAAGUGGUCCCGGGGCAAUCUGCCCGACUCAACAACAGCAAAGGGGGCUUCUCUGGAGGCAGGGUUGCCUACAGCCCUGAAGAUGAUGCAGCCAUUUUGAAUUAUGUCAGCAAGCACAAGACUGAGACUGGGGGAAAUCGGCUUUGGCAAGAGAUGGAGAAGCAGCGUGUGACCAGUCACAGCUGGCAGUCGAUGAAAUAUCGUUACAGAGUACAACUGGCUAAGAAACAGCCUGAGGUUGAGGAGGUGAAAACUUCAGAGGAAGAGACCAAGAAGGAAAAUCAAGAGACAGAUGUUCAGAAACCUUCCAGUGAAGAUGCUGCUCCUCCUCAGACACAUUCACCUGCAUCAGAACCUCUUCAGACACAUUCAGAGGAAACAGACCUGACACAGACAGAUGCCCAGCCCAUACCACCUGAAAGCACACAAUCAGAAAAUGUAGAGGCUGAUACAUCAGCGUCCCCCCAACCUGAGGAGCCUUGUGUGGAAGCACAGACAGAUGGCCUCCCCAUUCCAGCUGAGAGCACAGAACCAGAAACAGCACAGCCGCAAACAACCAUCUCUCCACAGACGGAAAGCGUGCCAGAGGACCCCCUGCAGCCCCUGCCCAAUAAUUUUACCCCAAAAAAGACAAAAGAGAAGCAGAGGGCCUCCCCCAGGCUGGAACAGCGUCGGAUAACACGCAGGCAGCUUGAGCUUGAGGUGUCAUCAUCGCCCGAACCUAAUGACAAAACACUCAGAUCCUCUGCUGAGCAAGUUUCGUCAUCUCCCCAGCCCGCAAAGAAAACAAAAUCUUUGUUCCAGCACACAGCGGACCAGCCGCCUUCUAAGAGAGCCAGAGGAAAGAGUGUGGCAACAGUGGCAGAGAGUCAACAUGAGGAGAAUGCGGAGGCUACUGUCUCUGAAACUCCACAACCAGGCGAGAAUAAAAAAAAAAGGAAGUUGGGGAUUCUGGAGUUGGCGACAAAGGAGUUCGAAGAUUCCUCUGAGGAUGAAGCUCCUGAUCUCCAAAACCCAAGUGAAGUCGCUGAGAUUCAGCCCACAUCAACAGGACCCCCCCUCCCGUCUUCAGACACAGCUGUGGAUUCGGCCUCCACACAGUCCAACCCUGAACCUGGACCCAGCCUCCAGCAGGAAGCACAACAAACCCAAGCCCUCAGCAGUAACUGUGUGCCAGACACUGGCUGCCCUGUACCUGCGGCUUCUGAUCCUGCAGCUACUGAGGCAGUCCACGCAACCUCCAGGGCUCACCUUUUCAUAUUUGACACUGAAUCUCAGGAAGAAGACUCUCAGUCGCUUAUUGGUGACGGUAGUGCAGCCCCGUCCAACCCACAGCUGCAAGUGAACAAAGACGCUGCACUAUCUCUGACUCAGGUCCAGUUAGAGGAGGACAAGCAGCAAAUCAUAAAGCUCAUGAACCAGACAAACCAGGACUUAGUUAGUGUGACCAAAGCCCUGUUGAAGACCAGCGGAGACUUCUCUGCUGCGCUGGAUCUGCUUUUGAAUCCCUCCUCCAUUUCCAGACCAUUUUGGAAUCACCAUGAUGACGGUCUUCUGCUGUCCGCUGAUCCUGUUGUCCGCCAGCAGCUGCAGGAGAAAUACGGUGAGAAGGAGGUGGCCAAGAGAAUAGUGUUUCUUGAGGUGGAGGGAUGAAAGAGGAGAUCUAGACAUAUGGAGCAUACACAUCUGUUGCAUCACAGAACUAGUGUUUUAAUUUCCACAUUCACUGUCCGAAUUUCCUCAUUCACUGAUUCUUUAAACAUAAAAACUACAAAUUUUGUGGCCCUUCCUUUGUUACGGCCUGUUCUGACUAAUUUUGAGGAAAUAGAAUCUGAGAAGAGGAUGAAAAACUUCCAGGCAGUUUUUAGUUUGACUGAUAAAAGUUUUCAUGUAAAUUACUUAGAGGCUGUUGUGCCAUUCUCUGUUCAGUUUUGUGGCAACAGAAAGUUUUUAUGCAUUUUAGCAUAAAGAUAAGAUUUUAUGGGUUUUUAAAUGUUUUUGUUUGUUUUCGUUAAAUUGCAAGAAAAAUUUGUCAUAUUAUUUAAUGACUCUUGCCAUGCAUUAUGAAAAUAAAGCAAGUGUAGUUUUCUAAUAUGUAUUGUGUUUAGCUAGUGAAUUUAUUAACAGAUUAUACAAGGGUGGUUAAAAGAAAAAUUUGUCACGGGAGUUCCUCCAGUGGUGUCACAUUUAAUGACAGUUCGGAAACAAAAUUUUGGUCAAAAUAAGCUGAAUUGGUACUAUUUAACCAAAAAGAUUUACUGCUUUGUUUAAAAAAAAAAAAAGUGCCUGUUAGAAAUAUUUCUCCAGCCAAGUUCUUGCAUUUUUCAUACAGUUAUAUUUUCCCUGUUACAAUCUCCAAAAAUAAAAUGGUCAGAUUUAUGUGCAUGGGCAGUUGAUAUCCACGGUUGAGUUUACUGAAAAUAAUAUGCAAGAAAAUAGUGAUCCAUUGUUCAGCUAGUGUGCACUCUGGACAAAAAUACAUAUCAACGUAGCUAAAUACAAAGUAGCAAAUGUAACAAAUACAGUUGCAUUUAACUGAAAGGGGUAAUUUAACAAUCUAAUUUUUAACAUAAAAAAACAGAAAAAAAAUUUAAUUUGAAGCUGUACAGGGUAAGGUAAAAUGACUUUUAGUCCAUAGGAUGGCCUUACCUCCAAAAAACAGUGGAUUCUACAUUUCUCUACUCAGCAGUGUCUGAGUAGAGCUUUCCAUUGUUUCAAACAAUGGAAAGCUCCAACUCACAAGCUGAGUUGUCUCCUUGUGAUAAAUAAACCGACUUCAAGUGUAAAAUUGAGUGUCCCUAUAAGUGAACUAGACACACGUUUGACACGACUUUGUCCCUGGUGGCAUAGAUUUCAUUAUGGGAAAAUCAAGAAUCAUACUCAUACAUUAACUGGUACAUUAACUUACAGCUGCAACCCAAAGCAUCCAUAUAUUGCACAUUAACAGUAUUAUGUGUGGCUUACUUUAGGUACUGUAGAUUAUACUAUCUUAAAAAUGCAAACAAAUACAGGAAACACAUCUUUAAGUUAGAGUACACUAUAUUUAAUAGAAAGUAUGAAAAAAGCAAAUUAGUCUUUUUUUUUAUCCAAUCCACCACU